UGCAUGCUUGACUUAUGAAUGUGAAUAAUUUCUUUUCAGGAAACUAACUUUAAGGAAUGGAAGCAAGUGGUGCAAGAAAUUAACCGUUUCACAAAAGUUGAUAAGGGCUUUAAUUUCAGACCCAUGCGAUAUUGUGCCACAUUUGAUACUCAUCGAGCAUCUCUUCCUUAUGUAGCUCGUUUUCAUGCUAAGAGAGUUUUAAAAUUUCAAGAUGCCCUGUUGACAAGUUAUCAUCGAAAUGAGGUCAAGUUUGCUGAGCUUACAUUGGACAUGUAUAGAAUGAUACAGUGUUUAGAAUGGGAGCCUAGAGGAACAUUCUACCAAAAGCAUACAUUUAAACCUAAGGAGAACGGUGACACAAUUGAUCACUCAGGAGCUUCUGGGAUAAUAGACAUGAAUCUCACUGCAGAUAUGACGGAUCCAAAUAUACCUCCUAAUCCUAGAAAAGCUACCCUGUACCGUCCAUCUGUGACACAUAUGAUAGCAGUAAUGGCUACAAUUUGUGAGGAACUGCCACCAGACAGUGUCGUGCUAGUAUACCUUUCAGCCUCAGGGAACGCUGGUCUUAAUAAUGUCUCUCAGGUAGAAAAUUCUGGAGGUUCAUCCAAAUCUUCAAGACACAGAGUCUCUUCUCAGACUUCCCAUGGACAGAAUUCUGGACUUUCUGAAACUCAAAAUAAUGGCAAGAGAGAAAGUGGCUAUUAUGACAAUUAUCUGUGGUUUGGUCCCAAGGGAAAUAGUGGUACAAAUAAUCUCUACCCUGGCGAUCUUAUCCCCUUCACUCGGAAACCUCUUUUUUUGAUUAUUGACAGUGAUAACAGCCAUGCAUUCAAGGUUUUACAUGGCGCUGAAAGGGGUGAAACGGCUGCUUUAUUCCUUUCACCCUUAAGACCAAUUUUCAAGAAUCCAUCUGAUGUAAAUUCCAAUAAUGGAAGCCAAUUUACCUUUUUUUUGACUUGUCCUUUGUCAGCAUUCUGCCAAAUGAUUGGUGUCUUCCCUAAUGAGGCUGAUACAGAUGUGUACAAUGAAGCAGAGAACAUAAUAGAUAAUGCUUUCACUGAGUGGGAAAUAAGUCUUUGCUCAUCAACUACCAUGAAUUUAGUAUGGGCGCAGGUUAUAAGUGAUCCAUUUUUGAGGCGACUUAUUCUAAGAUUCAUAUUCUGCCGAUCCGUGAUCUCUUUUUUCUGCCCGCCUGAGGAAAGUGAACAGUAUCUGCCAAUUUGUUUACCCCAUCUACCCACUUCUGUUGCACCAUCGUCUGAAGCCGUGCGUUCAGCUGUCGUGCAACUUGCCGUGCACUUUGACGUUGCUGACUCCUUUCACUUUACUGAAACAUAAGAUUGGAUCUUAAAAAGUAACGACUAAACUGUUAGGGUUGCAUGCAGGCAUUGGAAGCUAAGGAUCCUCAGAUCAAAAGCAUAAUGAGUUGACCUUUCGGGCGACAGGGCAGAGAGUAUUUAUGUGGGGUCCUGGGCUGUCUGGUAAAAAAAGUUGUUGGUAAUGGUUGCCUCUGCUUGUUGUGUUGCGUACUUCGACCCCACCUGCUUCAUUGAUCUCUCUCUCUCUCUCUCUCUCUCUCUCUCUCUCUAUAUAUAUAUAUAUAUAUAUAUAUAUAUACUGUAUUUGGUGGUUUGCUCUUUACUCUGUCAAGGUUAGGUCAUCAUGGAUGCCUGGUGAUUUUUCAUUUGUUUGGCCGUGGCAAGAUAAUUUUGUAUUUUUAGUGUGGCAAGAUAGUUGUUAGUUUAAAGUUAGUUGUAUUUGUUCAUACUUCAUAGCUUUGAAAAGGAAAAGAAGAAAACAGAAACUCAUUGUUAAUUUUAUCUUUUUUAGCAGAA